AUGGCCUCUGAGCGGGUGCCUGUUCCUGCUAUCACACCAGUCAUCGAGAACGUCCCCUUACCGGAAACGGCUGAAAUUCCACAAUCUUUGUUAGACCCCGUUCAACAGCAAAAUCGAGACCCCGCCAGUGACCCAUUUGCUGGGUCAAGAAAUGGUAGCCCACGCCAGUACGCCUCACGCAAUCAUUCGGGUGCCAGUAGUGACCAGAACCACAUUACUCUGCCACCUGAGACGCCACGCAUCCCCAACCUGGAGAGGUAUGACGACGAAGACACGCAUCUGCAUGGAGUUCCUGUCGUGACGCGUCACUCAACCCAGGGACCAAUGAUCCCACCUCCUGUUCGAUAUCCUAGCGCCGAGAUGCGCCCUCGUUUGGCACGACAACGAACUGGAGAAACAGGUCGUGUUUCCUAUCACCCUCCGCGCAGCAUGAUGGACUAUAUGACAGAACAAAAACCAGCUAAUAUUGCGCACCGUUUGGCGCCGACUAUCGAAAUUGCCAUGCAAGAGCGGGAUAAAUUUGCCCUCAAAGCAAAAUGGACUGGUUAUGCUCUGAAUGCGGCGAUUGGUUUACAGGUUCUUCUAGGGUCUCUGACUACUGGUCUUUCUGCGGCUGCGACAUCUGGAAGAUCUGCAGCAAUACAGACAACAAUUCUCGGCGGUCUUUCAACUGUGGUUGCAUCCUAUCUGGCGCGGUCGAGGGGAACAAACGAACCGGAACAAUCCAAUGCUAAAGUCAAAGACCUCGAACACUUUAUUCGCGAGUGCAGGGCUUUUGAAAUGGACCACGGCCAUGUUGUCGGUAACGAUUUGGAUCAUAUAUUAAUCGAAAAGAGGAAACAGUUGGAGGUGCUUUUGGGAAAUACAAGCAGCGGAACGGAGGUGAUACCUAAUAACGAUUCGAACAGAUCGUCUAAAGUGCCGCCUGUUUAA